UUCUCUUUGAAAGGGAAAGAAUAUUUAUACAUUGGCAAUUUUUUGUUUUCUUCUCAUUAUUAAGAUUUUGUUAGUUUUAUAUUUUUUUUGGUAAUUACUAAUUAAUGAUUUUUGACAUUACUUGUUUUUCAUAGGUUAAUCAUCAAAUUAAAUGUCGCGUGGACGUGGUGCAGGUAGUAGUGGUACUGGGUUUGAUCCAAAUACUCCUAGUGAUGAUAUUGGGUGGAAGUUUGGAAAAAUGGUUGAAAACAACAGAAGUAGAUCACAAUGCAUUUUCUGUGGGAAAAUUGUGAGUGGUGGUAUAACUAGGUUGAAAAGAACAUUUAGCACACAAAAAAGGACAAGUGUCCUCAUGUCCUAGUGUUAGUGGUGAAGUUCGGGAGUUAAUGAUGAAACAUUUGAAAGACAAUAACAAAAAACAAGAAGAUAAAAGAAAAAGACAUGAGGAAUUGAAGGAACAAAUAAGAGCUACUCAAUGUGACGAGGAAUUUGAGUAUCCGGCAUUUAACAAUGAUAGUGAUGACUCAGAUCCAGAAAUGACCAUAGCACGACAAGAAAGCGUAAGAAUGCAAUAUGAACACGAGGAGAGACAAAGAUUUCAAAACAGAACAGGGCGUAGAUAUCAUGUAGGAGGAAGUAGUGGGGCUGGAGGUAGCGGCAAUCAUGAUAUUGGGCCUCCUCCUGGUUUUUCUAAACGAUGUUCUAGUGUUCGCGAGACUAACACAAAAAAGCAAUGGUCCAGUUUAACAACACCAGAAGCACGAUUGGCAGAAAUAGAGGUUGAUCUUCAUCGGAGUAAAGGGAAGAAACAAUCGAAAUUGUCUAGUCGAUUCAUGAAGGCAGCAAAGCAAAAAUUGGGAAGGGCAGUUAGCCAAUUUGUGCUAUAUACACGGUUGCCAUCAAACACGGUAAAUUCUCCAUGGCUUGAACCAAUGCUUGAUGUUGCUAGAGAGGUUGGGAAAGGAACAAAACUUCCAAGUUCAUACGAGGUGGCUGAAGUUUAUUUGCCUAAAGAAUACCAGGCCAUACAAAAAUGGAUAGGAUCUUUGAAGACUACUUGGGAGGAGAGAGGUGUUAGCAUUAUGUGUGAUGGAUGGUCAGGACCUAGAAGGAGGCAUCUCGUUAAUUUUCUUGUGUAUAGCAAUCGUGGAACAAUUUUUCACAAGUCUAUUGAUGCAACCGAUGUACUUAGCAGAACAACGAAUUACUACUUCGGCCUCAUGGAUAAGGUAGUGGAAGAAAUUGGGGAGCAAUAUAUUGUCCAAAUUAUAACGGACAACGAAGCUGCUAUGAAGGCGGCUGGUAAGAAACUUAUGGAAAAGAGGCCCCAUUUGUAUUGGACCGCAUGCACCGCUCAUUGCAUUGAUUUAAUUUUGGAGGACAUUGGUGAGGAAAAGAAUGUGAAAGCGGUGUUGGAAAAGGCAAAGAAAGUCACACGUUUCAUUUAUAAUUAUGAUUGGGUCGUUAAUUACAUGAAAAAUUACACCGAUGGAAGAGAUUUGUUACGGCCUGUCAUCACACGCUUUGCCACCAAUUUUAUUACUUUGGAGAGUUUGGUUAGAUACAAGAUUGGUUUGAAAGAUAUGUUCAAUUCUACUGAAUGGAAAGCUACUAGAUAUGCUAGAAUGCAAGGGGCGAAAGAAGUUAAAAAUAUCCUUGAAUCUAAGGAUUUUUGGGCAAAAGCUGCAGAUAUACUAAAAAUACAAGAACCGCUGGUAAAGGUACUUAGGCUUGUGGAUGGGGAUCGAAAACCCACGAUGGGGAUCGAAAACCCACGAUGGGGUUAUUUUCUAAAUCCAAUAUAUCAAUACGGUGGCAACUUGUCUAAUCAUGGGGAGGUCAUGGAUGGAGUUAGAAAAGUAAUUAUGAGAUUACUGCCAGAUCUAAAUGAGCAAGUGGAAGCCAUCAACCAAAUUUCGGUAUUUCGAAAUAAAGAAGAUUCUUUUGGAACAACAGUGGCCCAAGUAGCAGUUCAAGCAACUAAUCCUGGUAAUUAUUUAAGUGACACACUUUUUUAA